AUGGCGGACGGCCAGCGAAUCAAUCUGCUGACGACAAAGCGAGCGACGAUGAUUGCAGCACUGGGUCGGGCUGAGGCAUUCCUGGUGGGCUACAGUGACCAACGAGACGCUCCGCAGGUACCGUUGAGGCUCGAGUACAUAAACAACAUCUGGGCUACCCUAAAUGAAGUGCAAGCGGAGCUGGAGGCAUACGCAGAUACUGAUGAAGGUAUGGCAGUGCAUGAAAUAGUCCGCGCUGACUUUGAGUCGCGACUUUUUGCAAUAAAAGCAUCUUUAAUCACUAAAUUGCCGCCUCUUCCUGUUAACCCCGCAUACCCUCGACCCCCGCAUGUUUCUACUGCACUCUCUGGUAUAAAACUGCCGACUAUUUCGCUUCCGGAGUUCGAUGGGGAUUAUCAGCAAUGGUUGACUUUUCACGACACUUUCUUGGCAUUGAUACACAACAACGCUGAUGUUCCACCCAUACAAAAAUUUCACUAUUUAAGGGCAGCCGUCAAGGGGGAGGCUGCUCAGUUGAUUGAGUCUAUCGCUAUUAGUUCCGCUAAUUACGAGUUGGCUUGGCGCACAUUAGAGGGCAGGUAUUCAAAUGAUUAUCUUCUGAAGAAGCGACAUUUGCAGGCUUUGUUCGAUAUUCCGCGUGUUCAAAAGGAGUCCGCUGCUGCAUUGCACGGUUUGGUCGACGAGUUUGAGCGACAUACGAAGAUUCUACACCAGCUUGGGGAACCAACGGACGAGUGGAGUACCAUAUUGGAGCAUUUGUUGUGCACGCGAUUGCACAACGAUUCUUUGAGAGCAUGGGAGGAGCAUGCUUCUACUGUAGAAAAUCCAAAUUUUCAAUGUUUAGUUGACUUUUUGCAGCGGCGUAUUCGGGUUCUUGAAUCGAUAUCCGUCAACGAUCAUGCCCCUGGAAGUCAGACCACUCCGAGCACCAACCAGGCUGCUAAUUUCAACCGAAGGCAAUCCCAAUUUCGGCUCUCGUCAAAUGCGUCCACCGCUAUUGCAUCCUACAAGUGUCCAGCGUGCAACGGCAAUCAUUAUAUCGCAAGGUGCGCAAAAUUCAUGCAGCAAUCCGUCAGCGAGCGUAAGCAGUUGGUGAGCAGAAAGCGGCUGUGCCACAACUGCUUGAAGGGGAACCAUUUGGUCGCUAGUUGUCCGUGUGAGCUCAACUGCAGGAAGUGUAACCAGCGUCAUCACACUCUUCUGCAUUUAGAGCAAUCUGGCAACAUUCAACGUUCCGGUAAUGAUUCUGCCUCUCGCUCAGCCAAUCCCGCUAGCUCGACUACACAAUCCGCCUCGACCUCUCUAGGCAAUUCCAUAGAGCAAACAUCUGUUCCUGCUACGGAGAUAGUACCAGUCGUUGAAACCAGCGCGCCAGUCCAGCAGCCUGCUGAAAACGUUUUUCUUCUAACGGUCGUCGUCAACGUCAUUGAUGCGUAUGGGCAUGCGCAUCCCGCGCGCGCUUUGUUGGACAGCGCGUCUCAGCCAAACUUGAUUUCCAACCGAUUGGCCCGCAUUCUUCGUUUGAAGCGGAAGUCCGUUAACAUCACCGUUCAAGGGGCUGGACAGAUGUCGAAAAUGAUCCAGGAAUCGUUAUUUGCCACUAUAACUUCCCGGAAGCGGAACUUUUCCUGCGGCGUAGAGUUCUUGAUCAUGGACAAGGUAACUGCAGACCUUCCUGCGCAAUUCGUAUCAACAGCUGAGUGGAAUCUACCUACCGAUAUCUUUCUCGCUGAUCCUGCUUUUAACAAAAGUCAGCCGAUAGACAUGGUAAUCGGUGUUAAACAUUUUUACAGUUUCUUCCCGUCUUCAGCUCGCAUGCAGCUGCGUGAAAAUUUACCUCUGCUGGUGGAUAGCGUCUUCGGCUGGGUUGUAGCUGGGUCGGCUGGCUUAGCAUCGUCGACAUCCCAGCAACCUUCGUGCAGCGUAGUGGCCGUGUCGAUGAUAACGCUAGAGGAAAAUGUCGAGCGCUUUUGGAAGACAGAGGAUCUGGCCACCACUGACAACUAUUCAGUCGAGGAGCGGCGAUGCGAAUCUUUCUUUACGUCGACGGUCGCGAGAACCCAUGAAGGACGAUACAUGGUUCGUCUACCUCGCAAGCCAGAUUUCGCCAUCAUGCUAGGAGAGUCUGAGGCAACCGCUCGACGUCGUUUCGAGCUUUUGGAGCGCCGUUUGCAACGAGACCCUGAUCUGAAGGCAGAGUACCACAAGUUUAUGAGGGAAUACCUCGAUCUCGGACACAUGAAGCCGGUCAAACCGAGAAGCAGUGACGACACGGAUUGCUACUACCUUCCCCACCAUCCCGUUUUCAAGGAUUCAAGCACGACGACUAAGGUUCGGGUCGUGUUUGACGGAUCGGCGAAAACCUCUACUGGCUUCUCUUUGAACGAAUCCCUCUGCGUUGGCCCUGAGGUUCAGGAUGAGUUGAUUGACACAAUUCUACGGUUUCGAACCUACCCGAUAGCCCUUGUCGGUGACAUCGCUAAAAUGUAUCGGCAAGUAUUGGUACAUCCCGAUGAUACUUCUUUGCAGCGCAUUCUGUGGCGUUUCUCUACUGAUGAUCCCAUUCAGAUCUACGAGCUUCUGACGGUCACCUACGGGCUCACUCCUUCCUCGCCACUCGUACGCUUCAGCAACGACUUCAUCGGUGGUGCGCAGACGGUCGAAGAAGCCAGCAAGCUUCGUACAGAGCUAAGCGAGUUGUUGGCAAAGGGUGGAUUCGAUCUGCGAAAAUGGACGUCGAACCGGCUCGAAGUGCUGAAAGGAUUGCGAGAGGAUCAAAUAGGCACGCAGUCUACGAUAGAAUUCGCUCCCCACGAAACCAUCAAAGCCGAUCACGUUUUAACGAAACGGUCCAUUUUGUCUACGAUUGCUAAGCUUUUCGAUCCGUUGGGUCUUAUUGCUCCCGUUGUAGUGAGGGCAAAAAUUGUUAUGCAGGAACUAUGGCUGCUGUCAUGUGGUUGGGAUGAUCCGGUCCCCGAUAAUCUACAGAAAAGAUGGGAAAAAUACCAACAAGAGCUGCCCAAAAUUUCUGCCUAUCGCAUCGCCCGUUAUGCCCUUCUACCUAAUUCUACAGUGCAGCUACACACCUUCGCUGAUGCCUCCGAAUCUGCUUACGAGGUUCAGCAUUUCACGCAUGGCUAUCGCUGGAACCAUAUAGCAGGCACCGAAAACCCGGCCGAUCUGGUCUCGCGCGGAAUGUCCGUAGAAGAGUUCCUGAACAGUGCGCUGUGGAGUCAGGGUCCCAGCUGGCUAACAUUACCGUGUAAAAGCUGGCCUAUCUCGAACCCAGAUAAUGUUUCCGAGGAUAUUCUCGAAAUCCGACAGGUCGUCGCAGCAGUUAAUUCGACCUCAACGGUCAACCCGCUCUUUCUUCGAUGCUCGUCGUAUACUCGCUUGCUGCAUGUU